AAGUGGGAAAGUUAGAAACGCCUGCACUCCGUUCCUGAGACUGCUCUUGCGUGCGCCCCGUGUGAUCUGAAAGAGGCUGUAACCACAUGGCAACAUGGAUUUAAACUUAAUGGAGAUAUUGAAAGAUAAGUGUCAGUCCACGGUAUUGGAUGACUGCGGACUCAACGCGUCUCUGGCGGACGACGCUGACGCGCGAAACGCGACGCGUGGAGAUGGUUUGACGCAUGACGGCAUGUCCCCGUUGAUAAUGGUAAUCACGGCGGUUUAUUCAAUGGUGUUCGUCGUGGGUCUCGUGGGGAACUGUCUCGUCAUGUAUGUCAUUAUCAGGUACACCAAGAUGAAGACAGCCACUAACAUCUACAUCUUUAACCUGGCAUUAGCCGAUGCGUUGGUCACCACCACCAUGCCCUUUCAGAGCGCUGACUACCUGCUCAACUCGUGGCCCUUCGGUGAAGUCGUGUGUAAGGUCUUCAUCUCCAUCGACUACUACAACAUGUUCACCAGCAUCUUCACUCUCACCAUGAUGAGCGUCGAUCGCUACGUGGCCGUGUGUCAUCCGAUUAAAGCGCUGGAUUUCCGCACGCCGCUCAACGCCAAGGGCAUCAACGUGGGAAUAUGGAUGCUGUCGUCAGCUGCGGGGAUUCCGGCCAUGGUGCUGGGAGGGACGCAGACUAACAAUGGCACCACUGAAUGCACGCUGCAGUUCCCCGAUCCGUAUGAAUACUGGGACACCGUGAUGAAGAUCUGCGUCUUCGGCUUUGGCUUCGUGGCGCCCGUCCUCAUCAUCAGCGUCUGCUACUCGCUCAUGCUCCUGCGCCUUCGCAGCGUCCGCCUGCUCUCCGGCUCUCGAGAGAAAGACCGCAACCUGCGCCGCAUCACUCGGCUCGUCCUGGUGGUGGUGGCAGCUUUCAUUAUUUGCUGGACGCCCAUUCACAUCUUCAUCCUGCUCAGAGCGCUGGUGGUCGUUCCCGAGACCACGGCUGUCAUGGCUGCCUACUUUCUGUGUGUGGCGCUGGGUUACACCAACAGCAGCCUCAAUCCCGUCCUUUACGCCUUCCUGGACGAGAACUUCAAGAGAUGUUUCAAAGACUUCUGUCUGCCGGCAAGGGGACGAGCCAGAGGUAUGGGGGUGAGCGGAGGAAGGGUUAUGGCAUCCAGGGAAGCCCCCGAGCUUGUGGAGACCCCACCCAGGACAGCAAAGCCGGCAUGACUAGCCGUGGAACUGUCCACCAUAACGCAG